AUGUCUAAAGAGUGUCCUCACGGCGACACUUGUGCUCGAACAAAGAGGAGUCCUCCGCUCGGUGCUACCACUUCUCAAACCUAUACAACAUGUUCUCCUAAUUUCCCGCAGGGACAUUUGUGUGUGCAGUGUGCAGUGUGCAGUGUUUGUAUCGUUGAAAUAGAUAUGCUUCCCUCAUCAGUAUAUGGACAAUUGAGUGAUCCGCUGGUACAAGCGGCCGCCGCUGCACUCGCCUCUGCCGGGACAGAUUCGGUCAUAGGAAGUCGGGACACGAUGUUUACGAAAAUAUUCGUCGGUGGACUACCAUAUCACACAAGCGACAAGACUCUUCAUGAGUAUUUCGAACAAUUCGGAGACAUCGAAGAGGCUGUGGUCAUUACCGAUCGUCAAACGCAAAAAAGCAGAGGAUACGGAUUUGUGACUAUGAAAGAUCGUGCGGCAGCAGAACGAGCAUGUAAAGAUCCGAAUCCAAUUAUAGAUGGUCGAAAAGCAAAUGUGAAUCUAGCAUAUCUUGGAGCAAAGCCACGAACGAAUGUGCAGUUGGCAGCAUUGGCGAACCAGGUCCAGUUGCCACUGCAGACACAGUUACAGGCUCUGUUCCCGACACGUAUCGGACUACCACAACUCUACUAUCCUUCUGCUGGACUAGUAAAUCCACUACUUGGAGCUGCUGCCGCUCAGAGCCAGGGAGCCGUGGACUACACAGCCCUGGCUGCAGCAGUUGCAAAUGGACAAGGAGCUGGAGCCGCAUAUGCUAUUCCGCAAGCAGGAUCACGAUUCCAAGUUCAAGCAGCACAGGCAGCCGGCUUGGACCCGUACGGAUAUGCUGCGGCCGGAUAUGGCAUCGUUCCCGGGACAUAUCAACUUCAAUCAGCGCAGCUAGCUGCCGCUCAACAACAACUCGAACAUCAACGAGUCUAA